CCCGUCUCCCUCCCCGCAUUCCUUUCAGGCGAACGAGUCCCCCGCGUAAAACCGCCUUUAAAUUCAAUUUCCCUGCUUUUUCUAGACGCAUACUGAUAAAAGAAGCCUAUUUGUGCUAUAAGGGAUUAUUCAAACCGGUCCAGCUUCCACAGAAGCGCCUGUAAGGGAAUCCCGGAGGAAAACCAACAAGGGGAAAUUCCUCCGCGCAGCGCGCCAUUGACUGUAAAGACCUUUCAACUUAACAAAAACUGAAGUUGACAAACGCAUCGCCGUCGACUGGAACUGUGAGAAAGAGUUUUUCGGUGUUGGGAGGAAAGCAGGAGGAUCAUGCGGCUUGAGGUGCGGGUUUGCGCCUCCGCCGGCGUUUUUGCGUGAAGGAGCCACGGCUGCGCAGCGGCGUUUUUGUUUUGAUUUCCAUGUGAAACACAAUUAGGAGCUCCGCGGAGCGCAGCGCACUCUCAACUUGGUUCUCUCAUCUGGAGCGCAACAUGGAGCAUUAUGAGGAGGACUUGGGACUCCGGGCCGCCACACUGAUGGAGGACCUUACGCUGUACGAAGCUUAUAAAGAAGGGAUGUAUAACGCCAGGAGGGACUUGGUUAUAAACCCAGAUUUAGACUUCUCUGCUCCGGCGGUGGCUGGGCUGAAAACCAAGCCGAUGAAUGGCACCUCUGUGCUCCACCAGCAGCAUCACACUUUGGAGAAUUUCACGCCGGGGAAUAAAGUGUAUAACGCGGCUCCUGUGCGUCCGGUGAGCUGCAGCCGGACGGUUCCCGUGGAUUUCUGCGCCCCUCAGAGAGACGCUCCUUUCACCGAGGAGGGCUGCUGCACCAAAUCCGAAGUGGCUUUGCCCUGCUACCCCGGCACAUCCGAAAGGCACCGGAGGUACUCUUUAGAGGUGCAGGGACACAGGUACAGCACCGGGUCCACUUUUGACGGAGUCCCUCUCAGCAAAGCGGCGCCUCUGCCCGGCAACAGGUGCAACAGCAUCUGCAUAACCAGCAGCCACGACGGGAGGUACGGCGCAGCGAGUCCCCGCUCCAGCCUGGCGUCCUCCCUGUCCUCUCAGGAGCAAAGCAAACAUGCCAGCCCGCGAUCGAGCAUCAGCAGCCCGCGCACCAGCCUGGUGGUACCGACCCAGGACCGAUACAGCAGCCCGAGGUCCAGCUUGGUUCACUGUGAGGGCAACGGCAUCCUUAGCCCGCGAUCCAGCUAUGCCAGCACGGCCAGUGACACCAGCAAGCACUCCAGUCCCCGGACCAGCCUGAACAGCUGCGAUUGCUGCAGCAAGCCCAGCAGCAACCGCACCAGCGGCAUCAGCAUGGGCUACGACCAGAGGCACGCCAGUCCCAGGUCCAGCACGGCCAGCCAGUACUCCUUUACCACCAGUCCGAGAUCCAGCUACUCUGACUCUCGGUACGGGCCUGUGGUCAACCAUGACCUGGAGGGGGCCAUCCUGCACGGCGCGCCCCUGGCGAGUCCCCGAUCCAGCUUCUGCAGCCAGGACGGGAGCGCUAGAGCCGGGGCCGCGGCCAACUGCGUGCUCAGCCCGCGCUCCAGCAUCUCCAGCCACAGCUCCAGAAGCUCCCGCAGCUCCAGGGGGUCUAUGAGCACCUACCCGGACCUGCAGCUGCCCUCACCCAGGUCCUCCAUGCUGGGCAGCGGGUUACCUGAGGACGCCUUACUGCAGGAGCUCGCAGACUCCAACGGGAUGCAGACUCGCAUGCAUCUGCAGACGGUGCCCGAACCUCAGCCUCAUCCGGGAGGGACCGCGGAGAUAAACGCCGGUUCACCGUCCUCCUUCAGCUACGGCGUGUCCUCAAAGGCGGCCUCAUCAGGCCAGAGGUAUAAGUUACCUUACCAGGUGACCAGCAGGGAGAAUGGGCCGAGCCAGGCGGAGAAACGGCUGGAGGCGCUCACCUUGGAGCUGGAGAAGGAGUUGGAGAUGCAUAUGAAAAAGGAAUACUUUGGUAUCUGCGUCAAAUGUGGGAAGGGUGUGUACGGGGCCAGCCAGGCAUGCCAAGCCAUGGGGAACCUCUAUCAUACCAACUGUUUCACCUGCUGCUCAUGUGGGAGGAGGCUGCGAGGGAAGGCCUUCUACAACGUCAAUGGAAAGGUGUACUGUGAGGAAGACUUCUUGUACUCCGGCUUCCAGCAGACGGCUGAGAAGUGCUUUGUGUGUGGUCACCUCAUCAUGGAGAUGAUCCUCCAGGCGCUCGGCAAGUCCUACCAUCCGGGCUGCUUCCGCUGCGUCGUGUGCAAAGAGGGCUUAGACGGAGUGCCUUUCACUGUAGAUGUGGAAAACAACAUCUACUGUGUCAAAGACUACCACACGGUUUUUGCUCCAAAGUGUGCUUCAUGCAACCAGCCCAUCCUUCCAGCCCAGGGCUCUGAGGAAACCAUCCGGGUCGUGUCUAUGGACAAGGACUACCAUGUGGAGUGUUACCACUGUGAGGAUUGUGGUCUCCAGCUGAACGAUGAGGAGGGCCACCGCUGUUAUCCCCUAGAAGGUCACCUUCUCUGCCACAGCUGCCACAUCCAACGACUCCAGUCGAAGCUGCCUGCCCACCCGCCACCGAGCUACCCCCUUCAUGUGACUGAACUGUAAGAAGGGGACCUAGCUUGUCCUCCUUGAUAAUCCAGGAUACGAGAAGUGGGGUGGAGGGGUGCGGACUCCCACUCCGGCCUCCGUUUGUGGGAAAGCCAUUGUAAGGAAAAUCUGGAACGCUGCGGUAAACCCCAAAUACAGAAAGGAAUACCAUUCACGUUCCUCUCCUCCAUCUUAGAAUUAGGGCGCAUAACCUGAAAGCAGGUUAACCCCAAAGGCCCAAGCGACCUCACGCCUUUAUUUGACCUUUUUAAGGUAAGAGUUCCUGGAUUUCCUGUGUUCUGACUGAAGAGCUCCACAGCAGAGCUGUCGCGGCUGAGAACGCUGCAGUGAGGAAAGGAGACAUUGCAUACCGGUGUUGGCUGAACCGGGUGGUUGGUGCCUUCAGAACGAUUUUCUCUCUGUGCAGCUGCUAACACUGAAAGAGAGCCCUGAAAAAAGGCUAUGCAAAGGACACCCGGCACCAUGACACAGGGCUGUGAGGACAAAUGAACGGCUGUGAGAACAACUACUCUGCAACGCCUCGACGUAGCACCACAAGCCCAGAGAACCCAAUUGACAUUCCACAUAGAUGUCCAACAGGACACCUCCAGAGAUUCACAAGCAUUGUCUUAAUUAAUGGUUAAUGUUUAUAUUAUGGAGAGAAAGAAAACUUUAGCUGCACAUAGGUCGUCUUUUUAUAUAUGAAUAUAUAUUUCGCAGACGUUUUCCACAUAAAAGUCCUAGAUGUAGAUUGUAUUUUUUUAUGUAAGCGUAUCUGUGAGUGUGACGAAAAUCAGAGGUGUAGCUAAAACCUCUGCAGUUUCUCGGUCUGUCGUAUUCAUUUUCCUACAGUCUCUUCAUGUCUGUCAGAAAGGCAAGAGAUCCACCUGGAGCAGAUUUUAAAAUGCUGUUGUUUCAUCCCACUUGACGUUCUUACACAGAGCUCAUUGUGUUACUUUCAAACAGAUUUAUCCACAUUAAGCUGAUGUGAACCAAAAAAAAAAAGGAUUUUAAACUCAAUGCAGGAUUUUGCACCUCUCUGUUACAAUUUAAAUUCAGAAACUGGAUCUAAUUUAAUGUUUUGUCUAAAAUAUUAAUGAAAAAACAUAUUACUCUGAAUUCCUUUCAUUUAGAUUUCAGCUUCUUUCAUUAAAUCUAUGUUAAUAAAGCCACUUAAAGUUGGAUGAAACAAACUGCAUGCUUUCAUAAAAGUUAGGCAGGCUCCACUUGUUCACUAUUGUCCUCACAGGUGCAUCUCAUUUCAUUAGAAAUUCAUAGCAAAGUUAAAUUAUUUCAUUAAAUUAGUUGAAAGGUGAAGCCUAUAUUUACAUUCAAUACACAGAGGGAUAUAUUACCAGCUAUUAUUUAUUUUAUUUUAAUGAUUAAAGAUUUUUUUUUUAUUUUGAGACAGCCACCUAAUGAGAAGCAUGUCUAUGUAUUACACAAAACAUGCUUUAAAUGCUUCCAUGAAUGAAUAAGCAAGGAGGUAAUUGCCAUGUAGCGGCGCAGAGGAGUGAAGGAAGCAUAUGUUGUUCUUCCACUUAACUUUCCACUAAUAUGCUUAAAUAUUCUUGAAUAUUUGAACUGUAUGAUUGGGUGCUUUCAGAUAAUGAAAACCUACAUUUGGUUUCUCAGAAAAUAUGAGAAUAAGAUUUUGACUGAGCUCACUGUUUCCCAGAGAAGUGCAUCAAAAUAUAUGAAUGGAAAGUCGAGUGGAAGGAAGAAGUGUACUUUAUAAGCAAUCCAGGAUCAUCAAAGACUUGUCACCUCCUUGCCAUGCCACAUUAAUGCAGCAGUUAUUUCUUACGAAGCAGUAACUGCAUACAGACAUUAAUACAUGACAUUAAUAUCCAUUUUUUCCUUUUUUGGUCAUACGUAGUGACUAUAAAUACCAUAAAUAUAGUCAGACAUAUUCUGCCACUCUGUGUAAUGAGUCUAUAUAUAAGUUCAGCUUUUCAUAAAGUAUUUUUUUAGUAAAAUAUAAAGAAACAUUUCAAUGAUACUCUAAUAUUUUGAGGUGCACCUGCAUGUCCCUUUGUGUUCUGCAUGAAGUCUGCUGAUGUGUUACGUGGGAAGAGGGGAUACCUGACAUCACGGAGCUGCUGGUCCCAGCCGGGUGUUUUUAAGGAAUCCCCUCCCAUCCUUGCUGAUUAUGUUAUUUCUGUUAUCGUGAUCACAGGCACUUAUGUGUUGCAGUAUGCGUGUGUUUUGUGUGUGUCCAGAGGAAGAAACUACAUCAGAGGUUACAAAAAAAAAAGGUUUUGAAAUAUUAUUUUCUAAAUUUAUUGAUACUGAUUCUCUAUAAAACAUUCCUCCGAUUUUAACGGUUUAAAACCAGAAAACGAAAAUGAAAGAGCAAACAGUUUCUGUUCAUAUGUGUUUGUGUGUGAUAGUGAGAGACUCUAUGUGUUCUAGUGGCAGGCCCAUGAACCUCACUGUGUUUGCAGGGCAGCGCAGCAACCAGCAGGAUGACCCCAAUUCUCUCUGUUAAAAACCUGACUACGACUUCUCACAUUGCUUUUAUCUCCAUCCUCCUGAAACCGAUGCGUCAAACGUUCCAUUGUGUGCAUACACUGACCCUUACUGUGAUGCUGUGAUACACUCAGUUGUAAAUAUCUACUACUGAAUGUGUUUAAAACAGAGAGCGAAGGGAGGGGUCAUCAUGUGAAUGUAAUGUAUAGUGAAGAAAAUGACUGCAAAUUGUGUCUGAGACUUUCCAGCAUGUUCGACGUCGCCUUCCUCGCAAGGUUCAAGUAAAGUAUGCUGUACUUGAAGACUUCGGCAUUCAAUUACAUACAAUGGAUUGUAUCCCUUUAAAAGAUGUCUUAAUUUACUUUUUUUUAAGUACUACUUCAGUUUGUAUUUCAUAAAGAGGCUAGUUUUCUAUUUGUAUUUGUUUCCUAUCAAAAUCACUUUGAAAGAAAACACUUGUACUGUUAGUUCCAACAAGCACAUGUCAACACCCUUCACUUCGGUUUUGUAUCGCUCUGUGUUUUUGAUAAACUAGAUGAUUCAUUUAAAAGAAAAAAGGAAACUAGAUUUAUUUAUCUAAACAUGAAAAAGUCUAAAGUUAUUUAAUGUAUUAAAAUCAGGACGUAUCAUUUAACUGUAGAUGACAUAAUCUGCUUUUUCAAUAAAGUGGUUUUGUAGCUAACUGUAAAAAAAA